GGUGGGGAUGAUGCUAGACAGAGGUUAGCACGUUAUCGACAUUUGUUGGAUGAGCUUUCAGCUGAUGAUGUGACCUGGACUCCGUACGGACGAGAUGGCCACACAGAUAUACCUCGCUCCUUGUUUACUGGGAUCAUUCGCUUUUCUGACAUUGCUGAGGGAUACGAUCCUGCAUGUUGUCUGCGCCAGUUUGGAUACCGACAGAUUAUCCCCCGUGCUAUGAUGGUACCACAUGACCAGUACCGUUCGGCUUCCGGCAGCAGUUACACAGUCUUUUGA